UUUGACUCCCCUCCUCAGAGCUCAGACAGUGAUCAGCUGACCUGUCAAAAUAUUUCGCAGCGCGUGUGUUGGGUUGUUAUGUUUGUGUACCACUGAGCUCAGUCAUGGCAGCCAAGAUGGAGCUUGCGCCUCUCAGACCGUGGGAUGAUUUCUUCCCCGGAAGGGACCGGUUCGCCAAACCAGAGUUCGGAGAUUUAACAAAGUGGAACAAUAGAGUGAUCAGCAAUUUAUUGUACUACCAGACGAAUUACUUCGCCGUGGCCGUGGUGGUUUUCCUCAUUGUAGGGUUCCUGAACCCACUUGGUAUGUUUCUGGGAGGAGGUGUGGUGGUUCUGGUCUUCAUGGGUUCAGUGUGGGCAGGAGAGAACAAAGCCACCAUCAAGAACUUCAAAAGAAAGAACCCCACCCUGUUUGUCAUCGGGGUCAUGGUCACCAGUUACUUUGUGCUGUCGCUGUGCGGUGGCGUCAUGGUCUUCAUCUUUGGAAUCACCUUCCCUUUGCUGUUAAUCCUAAUCCAUGCCUCUCUGAGACUGCGCAAUAUGAAGAACAGGCUGGAGAACAAGAUUGAAGGUGUUGGGCUGAAGAAGACCCCCAUGGGCAUCAUCAUGGACCUCCUGGAUCAACAGGAGGAGAAAAUGAACAAGAUUCAGGAUUUCAUUGAAAGCAAACUGAAGGAUUAAGGCUCUAGCCAGGAGUGUGCCAAGGGAAGUGUCAUGAAAUAUGGAUUAAAAUAUCCGUAGCAUCAUCCCAUGUGUCAGAUUUUUAUCCCCAUUAUACAUGUAAAGAUACUGAUGUUUGCAUUCCCAUACUUUUUAUCCAUUUUGCUUUUUAGUUAGCUUUUUUUUUUUGUACAUUUGUGUUAAUACACUCCAUCUUAAGUGUGCAGCUGGUUACUAACAACAAGAUUAUAACAAGAUUUGCACAAUCACCAUGUGGAUUGGACAUUGAAAAGGUAAUAUGCACCAAAGGUUACCAAAGGUUUGAGCAUUCCUGUGUCGAAAAAAUGUUUUAAAAAACAAAUCAUUUCCCUUGCUGACAGUGCACUUUGUUCGACAUGACAACUGAGUAUUUUUUUUCAGCCAAAUAAAGCAGAAUGUCUGAAUACAAUAUCUAAUAUAGUUAUUAGAUACCAAAUGUAUUUGUUGUAAAAACAAAAGAAAAGAAAUCCAAUCCAUUCAGUUGGCUACCUCAGAACAAGCAUGUUUAAUUUUCUCUUCUCGCGGAGUAGAGCCACAUUACCAAAAUACAGACUCAACACCAAGUGAACUGUUGUCUGCUUAUUAAACAGCAAUAACUCACAUUUUGUCACUUCAGGAGCUGUAUGAAUACUGAUCUGAGACCAGUCUGUUUCUCGUGUAGACAUGGUUGUGCGGCCUGUUUAAUCCUGGAGUUGUAAUAUUCCUAUUCUCAAAAGAUGUGUGCAUACAGUUCCUGACAAUACGGGCUGGCCUGAGUGUAUCCCCUCUGAUCACAGCUAUGCAAUAUUAAAAAAAUGAAUGGCACGUGCAGCUUUAUUCUCUCAAUAUUAUAUCAUGGUAUGUACAUGUUUGUUGUUAUUUCUGAUGUGUUUUUAUUUUCAUAAUAUAGCAUGUAGAAAUGUAUAAAAUGGCUGCAGGAGACAAAGCACAUCAUUUUGGAUUAAACUAGAGACACCCCCAUGCUGUUUUCCUGUUCUCUGUUGUGAUCAAAUCCCUUUUCCUUGUUAAAAAAAAAGUACAUAUGUAAUGUUAAAUCUUCAUUUCAUGCAGCUGAUACUAAGAGCAGUCAUUUCCUGUUGCUUUUCACAUAAACACACUGACUGCAGUUUGUGCAUGCUACCUUCACAAAUGGUGGUUCAGAGAGAUUGUCUAUAUGGAUGCUAUAUUAUAUAUGAUCUAUGUUUUUAUGUGACUUUUUCAUUAUUGAAUAGUGAUGAUGAAAUCACAGAACUGGAAGUAAAACAUGGCUGUGCUCUACGAUAAUAAAAAAGUUAACCUAA